CAACUACACAGCGCUGCUGGGAGUGUGGAUCUACGGCUUCUUCGUGCUCACCCUGCUGGUCCUGGAUUUGCUCUAUUAUUCCGCCAUGAACUACGACAUUUGCAAGGUUUACCUGACCCGGUGGGGCAUCCACGGACGUUGGAUGAAACAGGACCCCAGGCGGUGGGGGAACCCUGCUCGAGCCCCUCGACCCGGGCAGCCAGCCCCGCAGCCGCAGCAGCCUCCCCCUGGUGCCCUGCCGCAAGCCCCCCAGGCUGUGCACACGCUGCGGGGAGACACACACAGCCCACCCCUGAUGGCCUUCCAAAGCUCAUCUGCCUGGUGAGUGUUUGCAUUAACAGCUUGGGUGGACUUGGCGCUCUCCCUGCCGCUGCGUCUGGAUCAUGGGUGACCAGGCUAUUUGCUGUCCUUACUGUUUGCCCAGGAGGACUUGAGGCCACUCGUGGUGGCACACGAGUCUAGAGGAGAAGCCAAAGACAGGUCUUCACUUGAGUUUCCUAGUUGCC